UAUUGGAAUCAAACACCUCAGAGACUACUCUCCAGGUUUCCACUAAUUUCAACUAUAUAAUGGGUCCAGAAACUUUCAAAAAGUUGUAAAGUGAAGAAAAACAGAGUGUUUGAAAGAGAAAAAGAGAGAGAGGAGAGAGGGGGCGAAAUGGGAGGAAAGUGUCAGCAGCCUAUGUUGAAUGGAGAGAAAAGAGAGAGAGGAAAGCAAAAAUACAAUCAUGGGUUUUCUUCAGCUGAGAUACAGACACUGGCUAGCGUAGCUGAAGUUGUGUUCCCUUCUUUGCCACCAAAUUCUAGUUUUGAAGGAAAGGAAAACCAGCCAAGUAAGGCUGCUCAAUCUUUCCUGGAAGCUUCAGCCUCUGAAUCCCCAAUUCCAGACGAGGCUGCAGAACUGCUGUCCAAAAGAACAUUCAUCGAAAGUCUGAUAUUGGUCAGAGUUCUACUGUUGCUAUUGUCCACCAGGUUGGGAACCUUGUUGCUUUGUGGAUCCCUUUGUUUAGGUGAUAAAUGGCCCUACAUCAAUUACUUCUCGUGCAUGCCAUUGGAAAAAAGGGAAAAAGUUUUGCAAACGUGGUUUAAGCAUUGCCGCUUAUUUACUUUUGUCAGGAUUGCUCUCAUCUACUUGAAAGUCGCCUGCCUGUACGCUUUCUUCUCUCGGGUAGGUGAAGAUGGUGAUAACCUAGCUUGGGAAGCUAUUGGGUAUCAUGUAGACAAUGUCGAGAAUUUGUCACAAGUAACAAAGGAGAGGCCUCUUCAAAAAGGAAUGAUUGAGACAAUGCAUGAAGAAGACUCGACUCUUCAUCAAUCGCUGAAACGGAAGGGCCUCCAAGUUAUAGAAGAUACAAAUGAAAACGUCUGCAAAAUCAAAUGUGAUGCUGUAAUAGUGGGUUCUGGAUGUGGUGGUGGUGUUGCAGCCGCAAUGCUGGCCAGUUCCGGCCUGAAGGUCGUUGUUAUAGAGAAGGGGAGCUAUUUUGCUCCGAUAGAUUAUUCCCCCUACGAAGGCCCCUCAAUGGCAGAACUAUAUGAAUCAGGAGGAAUCCUUCCAAGUGUUGACGGACAGAUGCUGCUUCUUGCAGGCUCGACAGUGGGUGGUGGCUCAGCUAUCAACUGGUCAGCAUGCAUCAAAACACCAAAAUCCAUACUUCAAGAAUGGGCUAAGGACUGUCAAAUCCCACUUUUUGGAAGCCCUGAGUAUCUGUCAGCAAUGGACACUGUUUGCGAGAGAAUUGGUGUCACAGAAGAUUGUAAAGAGGAGGGAUUUCAGAAUCAAGUGCUUCGAAAAGGGUGCGAAAAUCUUGGUCUUGAAGUUGAGAAAGUGCCAAGGAAUUCCUCAGAAAGCCAUUACUGUGGAUCUUGUGGGUUUGGUUGCAGAAGAGGGGACAAGAAAGGGACUGAUCGUACAUGGCUAGUAGAUGCAAUUAAUAAUGAUGCAGUGAUUUUAACAGGAUGCAAGGCUGAGAGAUUCAUAUUCGAAAAGAACAAGAUAGGCAGAACAAGGAAAAUGAAGUGCUUGGGAAUAAUUGCAAAAACUUCAAACAUAAAUAUCACAAAGAAACUGCAUAUCGAAGCCAAAGUAACAAUAUCAGCAUGCGGGGCUCUUUUGACACCCCUUUUAAUGCAUGCUAGUGGUUUGAAGAAUCCAAAUAUUGGUCGAAACCUUCAUCUCCACCCAGUCCUAAUGGCCUGGGGUUACUUUCCUGACUCAGAUUCAGAGUUAAAGGGGAAAAGCCAUGAGGGUGGGAUAAUCACAUCAGUACACAAGGUGGUAGCAACAGACAACAAAGUGCAAGCCAUCAUUGAAACUCCUUCAUUAGGGCCAGCACAAUAUAGUGCUUUAUGCCCUUGGGAGUCUGGUCUUGACAUGAAAAGAAGGAUGCUAAAAUUUUCCAGAACUGCUCAUAUGAUAACAAUAAUAAGGGAUCAGGGAUCUGGAAAAGUUCGUGCAGGAGGACGAGUAACCUAUAAGUUUGAUGCAUUAGACAGACAAAACCUUCAAGCCGGCUUGAGACAGUCGUUGAGGAUUUUAGUAGCAGCUGGAGCAGUUGAGGUGGGCACUCACCGUAGUGAUGGGCAGAGAAUCAGAUGUAAAGGGAUAAGCAAUGAAGAGUUAGAGGAGUUUCUAGACUCAGUUUCUCCAGUAGGAGGCCCAAUGUUCUCUGGAGAAAACUGGGUCAUCCACAGUACUGCUCACCAGAUGGGCAGCUGUAGGAUGGGGAUUACUGAAACAGAAGGCGCAGUUGAUGAGAAUGGUGAGAGCUGGGAAGCUGAAGGAUUGUUUGUUUGCGAUGCAAGUGUUCUGCCAAGUGCUGUUGGUGUAAAUCCGAUGAUCACUGUCCAGUCCACUGCUUAUUGUCUCUCAAAGAGAAUAGCAGAGUCUUUAAAACAAAAAAUAGCCUUCUAAACUAUAUUAAUCCGUCAUCAGCAACCUCAAGAUUGAUGUAUUUUUCAACAUUUAUAUGUCUGCAUUAUAACGAAGAAAAAGACAGAAAAGAUGGUAAAGAAUGUAAUAUUGAUCAUAUCAUAAGUCAUAAUAACAGAAAAGGGAUUGUACUUGA